CAUUCUUCAUGUCAAAAUCGCGUUUGUAUAUUAACCUUAAAUUAUGCCACGUGCUUUGCUGGUCUCCAAAUUCCGGAAGUUACACUCAUCAUCUGCUGAAACGGCUCUCGAGAUAUUUAUGAGAAACUAACCUGCAGCCAAGCAAAAAAAAUCAAGCUUAAGAAAAAUAAUGUCACUUACGAAAAUUCCGAGUCGUACAGAAUCAAAUUCUUUAUCUUUAAUACGCCUUUUUUCAAAAAAUCGUCUCCGCGGAACGGAUCCAAGUCAUUUUGACUCGAGAACCUCAAUUUUGAAAUUCAUCUGUGGUGGUUCAGAAUCUGAUGGUGAGUACGAAACUUCCAGUGAAGGUCGCUUGCAUCCUGGACCGGAAGCUCAGUCGUCAUCGUGUAAAACCAUUGAUGUAAUACAUGAUUCCGGUCAGAUAAUGGUCAACAACGAUGCACCCAGUAAACCGGAAGUUUCUACGGAACUUAGGUUAGAGGUGGUCGGAAGCACCAAGAACGAAAAUAGUGUAUCUCUUCCCACAUCUAAAACGGAACUUCAGGUCAAAGUUAAUUCUCUCCAAGAGACUGAUCAAUUAUUUUCAUCGUUUUUGGAACCAGUGGUCUACUCUGAACCUGACGAAAGUUCCGAGUGCGUUCCCUCGGAUUCCCUUAAAACUUUACAGUCCGGGAUAAGUCAGUCUAAUUUAGUCUCUUCCAUUGGGAAGAACUCUAACACAGAAAUGCAAAGUCUUUAUAAGGAAAAUAAGUUUCAAUCAGAAACGUAUUCGAACUCUAUUGAAACGAAUUCUGUCUUCAAGUUGGACCCAAAUAAUUUUGAGUUUGAUGAAAAUGAUCAAAGAGUUACAACUGGAGAAAAUAUGGAUAUUUUUGAUGACGAAACACCGAUUCUUAUAGGAAAUAAUCCUGAACUAUCACCUAGUUCUAUUAACUUCAAAUAUGAGGAACCAAAUGUCAAAUCUGAACUAAAAAAUCAUUUGAUGAAGAAUUUACAAAUUAUGUCCCAGAUCGAGAACGACUUUGCACCACUUCGAGACAAAAUGAAUAACAUUUUCAAACAAGUUCGAGAACUAAGAGGAAUGUCUUUUGAUUUUGAUCCAACCUACAAUAAUCUAUUAGGAAUUUCAAAUUCAGGAUGUUUAUCAGUUAGGGAAAAUUCAAUUUUUCAAAAUGAUGCCUUUCGUUCUACUUCGCUUUUGCCAUCACUUCAUUAUGCGCCAUGUAUGAAAGAUAAACUCAAUCUUGGUCAUUCCUAUCAGACCAGAAGAAAUUAUGUUUCACAAGCCUCGCAACCUUUUCCAGAAAAAGUUUUGUUCAACGAAAAUUUCUCUCCACGUCCCUUCAGAUGUAUAAAUCAUUCAGGAACUUGUAUCAAAGGAAUGCUACCAAACCAGUUAAAAAACUACCCUCAUGCUUAUCCUGAUAAGGAACUAGUUUCUUUAGAAAGUUCCCAUCUUCAAGAAUUCUUCGUUUCGAACAGUUUAUGUAAUUUGCAUGGACAUCAAGUCCCUUAUCUUGCAGAUAAUUCACGACACAUUAGCUUGAACAGUUUCCCUAUAGUGCAGCAGCAUUUGCAUUCCUUUCAUGCAAAUGACCUCCCAGCUAAUUCAGAAAAUUUGCAUCAGCGUUACAGAAGCAAAGUACCGAUCUCGGAAACUGCGGAUUCCAGAGAACACACGGAAAGCAAGAUAGUUUCGGUUCGAAAUGGCAACAACCUUGACAAGGUCGAGAAGCAAUGUUGUUCUGGACACCACAAAUCCGUCCCUAAAAAAGGAUUGCGAGAAACUGAUCCAAAUUUGAGAAGCUCCUUUGAAAAAGUCAGCAAAUCUCAAAAACCUGACAGGAUCAGAAAAUCGGGUAUGGUCACACCUUCAAAUGAAAAGAAACAUAAGCACUCGACUCGAAGUCAACGUCGAAGGUGCAAACGACACUGCUGUGAUUUGCGUCAUCGGAUUACACCCUCGAAUAAUUCAAUGCAUAAAUCCAGCUCUCCAGAAAUAAUGGAAAUACCAAAGGACUUGGCAAAUCCUUCCUCAAAGAAUGGCGAGACAAGAAGUGAACUUUCUGAAACCCUAUCUUCUCCUCGAGGGCCUCCACAACUAAUUAGAGAGCUCACUCUUAUCACGAAAGAGAUUGUCGCUGAAGAAAAAUCCUCUAAUCAGAUAGAACAAAAUCUGGAAUCCGCACAAGUUCAAAGUACAAGUUCCAGAAAUACUCUCAUGACGGAAAUAACAUGUUUUCCAAAGAAUUCCAUUCUUUUGACUUCUACGUUCAAUGAUAAACUAUUGCAAUCAAAAGCUUCUGCAAAGCCAAGCGUUGAAAAAAUAUUAGCAACGGAAUCUUUAUUUCAGCGGGAAAGAUCUGAUCUUGUUCAAAAGAAGAGCUCUUCUAUUUUUAGUUAUAGUAGUUACAUUAGCAGCCCUCAAGAAUGCAAACGAGUGAUUCAAGUCCUUGAUCAUAAAUAUCUGGAUAAAGCCUGCAACACAGAAAAUAUUGUCGAGGGAGAAUACCGGAAGGAUCUAUUAAAUGUCAAAGCGAGCAAUUUAGAAAUGUCAGCAUUAAGCGCGUCAGAAGAAAUGAUGAAAAAGUCUCUGACAAUAUCAAAGUCUGACGUAUCCGAGAAAGGUAGUCGGAAAUCAAUUUCCAAUCAGCAUUCAAAGAUGAGCUUACCGAAGACCCAUGAGAAAAUAACGGUUGUACCGAUAAUUUUUAGUUCUGGUAUGGCUGAGCCUCUGAAUAGAAACCUUGAUUUUAUGAGUUCUCAGAGAAGCGGAAAUACUCGUAAAAAAACAGUACUACUGAAUGCUGAGAGCGAAGGUGGAUCUUCAGAGAGCAAUUUUUCGUUGUCUACCCGGGCAGAAUCUUUUGCAACGGAGAUCAGCCAUUUGGCUCAAAAAUGUGCUUUUAUCAUGGACAGCAGAGGAAGGAUCAAUAGUGGUAUGACUUUAAAUAGUGAAAGCAGUUGCUGUUCAUUUAAAAAGUCCCCGGGCUCACCAAUUAGGAUUGUAAGAAGUAAAAAGAAUAGUAAUGAAUCCAGGACAAGGGAAAUAUCUUCCAGAAGUUCUAUAAGUUAUCAAAGCUCUAUAAAUCCUGUUAGAAAUUCUGUUCCUGUCAGGAGGAUUCGAGGGAUAAGAACUUCUCCCGAGGAUUUUAUCUAUGAGUGAUUCCUUUGAUCCUCAGGACUUUGUUCAAUUCAUUCUUUCUUACAUUGUCAUGGUGAUCAAGUUCG